AUGCGCUGGACUCUGCUAGCCCUCACAGUCCUCACGAACGAAGAGCGGCUGCUAGAAGAGUCCGAGAAGGAAUGGGAUGAGCUAUACAAUCAAGUCCCUCAAGAUCGCAGCUUCCUCUACAAAGCCUAUCGCUCACUUGCUAUACCAUUCCGCGUCUGGGUAUUUGAACCGCUAGCGACGGCAUUCCGCUUCAUCCACCUCGUCCUUAUCUUUACACCCGUCUUGGUUGCCAUCCCUAUAGUCUUUCUGGGAUCCAUCAAAGCUGGCUCGCAUGAUAAGUCUGGCGCCGUGCUCUGGUAUCGCUUCCUCGUACACCAAAUGGAACUCGCUGGACCUACCUUUAUCAAACUCGGUCAAUGGGCAGCCAGUCGAACAGAUAUCUUCCCAGAUGCCAUGUGUGAGCUCAUGUCGAAACUCCACUCCAACGUCUCUGCGCAUCCUCUCUGGCAAACAAAGCGCAUCAUUCGAAAAGCCUUCAAUGGACUACGGUUUGAGGAGAUUUUCGAGGAAUUUGAGGAAAAGCCGUUAGGGGUCGGUGCCAUUGCUCAAGUAUACCGUGCAAAGCUCAAGGCCAAUCUCCUACCAGACUCUAAAGCGGCCUCGAAACAUGUCAAGCAGAAAAGACGACUGACACCCUUGGUUGUACAGACGUUGCCACAAUCGCCACCGAGUGGCUCCGUUGCCAUCAAAGUCUUGCAUCCGCGUGUUGAAAAGACGGUGCAUCGAGAUUUACGCAUCAUGAAGUUCUUUGCACGGAUUCUGAAUGCGAUUCCUACACUUGAAUGGUUUUCCUUUCCAGACGAAGUGGAUCAAUUCAGUGAGAUGAUGCGGCUGCAGCUUGACUUGCGUAUCGAGGGCAACAACCUAAGCAAGUUUCAAGAAAACUUCAAGAGUCGCAGUCAAGUCACGUUUCCAUUCCCCUAUCACGAAUACACGACACGCUCUGUGUUGAUUGAAGAGUACGCACAUGGUCUACCACUACAAUACUUCUUGGACGCUGGUAGUGCCUUCAACAGUGAUCUUGCAGAUACUGGACUCGAUGCCUUUUUGCAUAUGCUGAUUCUCGAUAACUUUGUGCAUGCAGAUCUACACCCUGGCAACAUUAUGGUUCGCUUCUUUAAGCCAGUGACACAACCCUUUCUACAGCAGGUAUCGGAAAUCUUCCAUUUAAAUGAUGCAGCCUCGCAGAAGCGUAUUCAUGGCAUCAUGCAUGAUGAUGAAGCAACCGAUCUUGUGGUUGCACGGAUGAAGCCGCUCAGGCAUGACAAAGCAGCAUGGUUGGCUGAACUUGCAAAAGUCGCUAACGAAGGUUUUCGACCACAACUCAUCUUUAUUGAUACAGGACUCGUUACUGAAUUAAAUACCCUCAACCGCCGCAACUUCCUAGACCUCUUCUCAGCAGUGGCGAGUUUUGAUGGACAUCGAGCGGGGACGCUGAUGGUGGAACGUUGUCGACAAUCGAGUGCUGUCUUGGAACCUGAGAUCUUUGCCCUCAAGAUGCAACAUCUCGUGCUCAAUGUCAAGUCGCAAACGUUCAGCCUUGGCAAGAUUCGCGUGGGUGAUAUUUUGAAUACAGUGUUGUCGAUGGUACGAGACCAUCAUGUACGCAUGGAAGGCGACUUUAUCAAUGUCGUGUUGAGCAUUUUACUGCUUGAAGGAAUUGGUCGUCAACUUAACCCAGAUCUCGAUUUGUUCAAGAGUGCCAUUCCAUUUUUGAGAGAAGCAGGCAAACAAGGUGUGAAGCAAGCAGCAGCCGGCGAUACACAGGAGAAACUCACAUGGAUCAAAGUCUGGCUGGGUUUGGAGUUGCGAGAGAUGUAUGUGGCUAGUACAUCGGCUGCGCAAGUGGAGGAAUUGGUUUCACAUGAUGUAUUCUCGACUAAUGUUUGA